CGCGCUCUCUCGACGUGUUCGACGCGCGCCAUGGGUAAGACUCAGGAUGUGGUCACUCGCGAGUACACCAUCAACCUCGCCAAGGCGGUCCACGGCGUCACGUUCAAGAAGCGUGCGCCCCGUGCGGUGUCUGCGGUGAAGAAGUUCGCGCAGAAGGUCAUGAAGACGUCCGACGUGCGCGUCGACGUCAAGCUCAACAAGCACAUCUGGUCCAAGGGCAUCCGUAACGUGCCCCGCCGUAUUCGCGUUUCCAUCUCCCGCAAGCGCAACGACGACGAGGACGCGGCGGAGGACCUCUACUCCUACGUGACGGUGGCUGACGAGUCCCAGGGUUUCUCCGGGCUCGGCACCAAGGUCGUGGACGACGUCUGAGCGCGCGGCGGCGGUGGGUUGUCAACUUAGUGGGGGUAAACUUUAGGGGGCCGAGUCUCCUCUCCGCGGCGUCGGGGGGUGGGCGCGGUCGCCACCAGAAAACUCUGGGCGUCGGGACGGGUGUUGUAAUGCGACGGUUCCUUUCGCUCU